AUGUUUAAGGAUAGGUAUACGGACAAGGAUGUUAAUUAUCAAAACUACUUGUCGAAUGCCAAUGUACCACCCCCUAUCAUACCUCAUUGGGAUGAAAUAAAUCGAGAAAGAUUCAAUCAUCGGGGUCGGAGAAAUGAUAACUACAGAUUCCAGAGAAAUAGCUUCCAACGUAACAGUUUGGAUUAA